AUGCCGAAAAAGAGUAAGAAUUGCGCGGGUGUGAAUCAGUCAAUCGCGGAUAAGAGCUGGAAGUGCGGUGACUGUCUAGCCGAUUGGGACGGCACCGAUGUAACAUCAAAAUCGGGAGUGUCGUUUAAUGAAUCGUCAGUGAGUAAAAGUAGUAGUCGUGCAUCUCAACGAUUGCAGCUCAGCCUGCAGCAUCUAGAGGAACAACGUAAGCUGAGUAAGUUGCGGGCGGAGGAAGAGCUGCAGAUGAAACAAAAAGAAGAAGAAGCCCGACUGAAGAAGCUGCAAAUGGAAGAAGCAGCGAAAUUGAAGCAGCUGGAUGACGAGCAGGAAUAUUUGAAGCAGCGGUACACUCUGUUGAUGCAGAUAGCGGACGAAAAGGAUGCAUCUAGUAAGCGAAGUGGAGUCAGCGGAAAAAGUCGACGAACCGGAGUAAGCGUGAAAAGUAAACGAGACCAGUUGGAGAAGUGGUUGAAGGGAGCUGUGGUGGACGAAUUUGGACAAUCGAAGCCGUCGUCGUCUGGAGAUCAAGCUGCCCUGCCGGUUCAUACAGUUAGUGAAUCAGUUCAGCCGGCCGUUGUGACUAGAGAGUCGCAAUUACCAGUAGUUUCAUUGCCAAAUAGUUCGUCGCAGUUUUCUGUUCCGUCGAACGUGAAUCCACUGUGUCCUGCUUCGGGAACCAUUGGAAAUGUUCCAACGCUGGCGAAAUCCUAUGAACAGCUGUUAUCUGGGCAAGGAGUUUCCAUGGUGUCGUCUGUUCCGGUAUCAGCAGCGGAACGUUUCGUUUCUUCAGUUCCGCAACGACCAGUAGCUUCGUCAGAUAUCAGCGCAAUUCUUCCGAGAUUGUUGGAUAUUCGAGUCGGAAACACCAAUUCUGUGGCGGUGACGUUACCCACAGUCACUUUCGCUGCACGGGAUACAGUAGUGUCCUCAGCUCCAUGUACAGCAUCGCAAUCCUGUGUUGGUUCCAGCGGUCUGAUGCCAACAGUUUACGGAGGUCAUCCGUACUACACGGCCGCUCCAAUGGCGCAUCUAGCACCAACGAAUGCAGUAGCUUCUGGAGAUUUCGUUCGAGUGAAUUCAUCGCAAAGCUGUUUCGGUAGUGUUCCACAUCCAGAAGUUCCGCAUAGUUCAGCAGUUCUCCACGGGAAUGCACCCUUAGGUUAUUCGUCGACCUCUCCAAUAAUGAAUGCCUUUGGACCAUCAUCGGCUGGAGCCGGAUUGCCGAAUGCAACUCAAUCGAGUCCUGCAGUGGGACCAACUAGUGCCCAACUUGCGGCGCGACAGGUAAUGCCCCGUAAGUUGCCCAAGUUCAAUGGCGAUCCCCAGGAGUGGCCUAUCUUCUACAGUUCCUUCAAGAACACUACGGAGGUAUGCGGAUAUACCGAUGCAGAGAAUUUGGCCCGUCUACAGCGAAGUUUGGGAGGUUCUGCAUUGGAAGCCGUACGAAGUCGCCUGCUGUUACCAGCGUCAGUUCCGUAUGUGAUUGAAACGCUCCACAAACUCUACGGGCGACCGGAAAUUCUGAUCAGUUCGCUUCUGAAGAAAGUGAGGAACGUGCCAGCCCCCAAAGCGGAGAACCUGAGUUCGAUUGUGGCUUAUGGUUUGGCCAUUCAGAACUUGGUCGAUCACAUCAUCUUGGCCGAUCAGCAAGCACAUUUGGCGAACCCAAUGCUGCUUCAGGAGUUGGUCGAUAAGUUGCCCACAUCUCUCAAGAUGCAGUGGGGAACCUACAAGCAAGGCGUUGCAUAUGUCAACCUGGCGACAUUCAACGGUUUCAUGGCAGGCCUUGUGAACUUGGCGUCGGAGCUCACUAUCGACGUGGACUGCGCACAGAACCAGCAUAAACAAGUUCGCGCGGAGAAGCCGAAGCCAAGGGAGAAGUUGUUCACUCACGCCAACGAAUCGUCCGAUGCAGCCAAGAAGGAAAAGGACACGUCGACAGAAAGGUCUGUUUCAAAAGCCUGCUCGUAUUGCGGAAAGGACAAUCAUCAGAUCCUGAACUGUUCCAGUUUCAAGUCUUUGGAUAUCGGAGCGAGGUGGAAAGCAAUGCGUCAGAAGAACCUGUGUCGUCUGUGUUUAGUUCCUCAUCGGAAAUGGCCAUGCCACUCGAAAAAGGAGUGUGGCGUGGACGGCUGUCGUUUUCGUCAUCACAUGCUGCUGCACAGUAACCAGACAAGCCGAAGCGAAUCCGCUGAGACAACGAAGCCAACAGAAGCGGUGCAGCACAACUACCACCACACGAAGUCGUUUUCUCUCUUCCGUUAUCUGCCAGUCACGAUUUACGGAGACGGGAAACAGGUAGAAAUCUACGCGUUUCUGGACGACGGAUCAUCGUCUACGUUACUGGAAGAAGCAGUUGCAGUUCAGUUGGGGAUUGAUGGAGAGCCGGACAACCUUUGGUUAGGAUGGACAGGGAAGAUCGGCAGACAAGAGAAGAGCUCCAAAAGGGUCAACGUGGAGAUUUCCGGAGCUGGGAAACAAAAUACCUUCCAGUUGAGCAACGUACGGACGGUGCGUGAGCUAGGACUUCCCAGUCAAACGUUGAACUAUUCCGAUCUGUCAGGAUCCUAUCCACAUCUACAAGGUCUUCCCAUCAGCAGUUAUUCGAAUGCGAAACCCAGAAUGAUCAUCGGCAUCGAGCACGUUCAUCUCCUUACCAGUCUGAAGCUUCGCGAAGGCGGGAGAAGCGAUCCAGUCGCAACGAAAACUCGUCUCGGCUGGUGCGUCUACGGAAGAAAUUCUGGAAGUGAAGGAUCCGUGGAACAGCUGAAUCUGCAUGUCGGUCAGGAGAUGAGUAACAGUGAUCUGUACGACUCGAUGAAGAAGUUUUUCGCCGUUGAAGAAGCUGUGGUCACGAAGCAUCUUGAAUCCGACGAAGAUCAACGAGCGCGCAGCAUUUUGGAGGCAACUACAGUCCGCCGAGGAUCUAGAAUCGAGUCUGGUUUGCUGUGGCGAAAGGACAAUAUCCACUUUCCCGACAGCUACAAGAUGGCGAUGAACAGACUCCUAGGGUUGGAGAAGCGUCUGUCCAGAGAUUCGGAACUUCGACAGAGAGUGAACGAGCAGAUCAACAGCUUCGAACAAAAGCAGUACAUCAGUAAAGCAUCAAAGCAAGAAGUCGACAGUCUAGAUUCCCGCCGUGUCUGGUAUCUACCGCUGGGAGUAGUGAUCAAUCCCAAGAAGCCAGGCAAGAUUCGCAUGGUUUGGGAUGCGGCCGCAAAAGCUUCUGGAGUCUGUUUCAACGAUAUGCUGCUGAAGGGUCCGGAUCUUCUCGUACCGCUAGUAAACGUUUUAUUGCGAUUCAGACAGGGGAAAGUCGCCGUGUGCUCCGACAUUCGGGAAAUGUUCCUCCGAAUCCUCAUCCGUGAUGAAGACAGAUGGUCGCAGUGCUUUCUUUGGAGAAGUAGUCCGGAGGAAGAAGUACAAGUUUACGUAAUCAACGUGGCGAUGUUCGGUGCAACCAGCUCGCCAUGUACAGCGCCGUUUGUGAAGAACUGGAAUGCUUCUGACUACAGCGAGCAGUACCCCAGAGCAGUGGAAGCAGUUACCAAGAACCACUACGUGGAUGACUUCCUCGACAGCGUCAACUCGGUGGAAGAAGCAGUACAGUUGGUACAGCAAGUGCAAGAUAUCCAUGCAGCAGCCGGUUUCCAGUUUGGGAAGAUACUGUCCAACGAGCAGGAAGUGCUAGACCGACUAGGAGAGACGAGUACAGCGAUCAGUAAACCAUUGCCAGUGGACAAAGACCGAACAUACGAACAUGUUCUCGGCGUCACAUGGAUUCCGCCGGAAGAUGCCUUCACAUUCAAUAGCCAGGGAUUGGAGGAAGUUCUAGGUGCCGAUUGGGCGAUACCAACGAAGCGCCAGGUCCUGCGUAUCGUGAUGAAGCUCUACGAUCCCUUAGGAUUCAUCGCACACUUCGUCGUCCAAGGGAAGAUUCUGAUGCAGGAGAUUUGGCGGACCGGUACAAACUGGGACGAGCCUAUUGCGGAGCAACCACGCGAACUUUGGACAAGAUGGAUGGAGCAGUAUCAGCAGAUCAACGAAGUAAACGUUCCGCGAUGCUUCUUCAAGGAUUUCUGUCCGCAGCAGGUCAGCGAUAUCCAGGUCCAUGUGUUCACGGAUGCGAGCGUGUCAGCAUGUGCAUGCGUGGCCUACCUUAGGAUUACAGUAGAUGGAGAGAGUCAGUGUUCGCUGAUCGCAGCAAAAACUAAAGUUGCGCCUCUUCGAGCACUUUCUAUCCCACGUUUGGAAUUGCAGGCUGCCAUGAUGGGUUCCCGUUUGCUACAGAACAUCUGCUCGGCCCUAACCAUCAACAUUCAGAGGCGCUUCCUGUGGUCAGAUUCAGCAACAGUUCUUGCUUGGCUUCGCUCCGAUAGUCGUCGGUAUCAUCAGUUCGUCUCGUUUCGUGUCGGCGAAAUCCUGUCGCUGACUAGUGUGGAUGAAUGGUGCUACGUUCCUUCUCGCGAAAAUGUUGCGGACGACGCCACGAAAUGGAAUGGGGGGCCUUCAUUCGACCCGGGUUGCCGUUGGUACCAGGGUCCAGCAUUUCUGCAAGAUCCGGAAAGUCAGUGGCCUACGGAACGGCCAGGAGAUACAGCGGAAGCAUAUGCGACCACCGAAGAAAUUCGCCUCGUUGCAGUACACCGAACAGUAGUGGAAGUGAUAGAUAUUGAACGAUUUUCCAACUGGAACCGACUGCUACGUGCGACAGCAUAUGUUCACCGAGCUGUAGCAGUAUGGAAGCAUUCAACGAGCGGGACAAGAUCGCUUAAAGUACUGAGCCAGAGUGAAUUUGCGAAAGCUGAAGAAACACUUUGGCGACAGGCGCAAGAACAGGCGUAUCCGGAAGAAGUUCAGCUGUUGGAAGAAGGACAAAGUGUGACAAAAGACAGUUCAAUUCGUGCGCUGUUUCCAUUCCUGGACGAAAAAGGAGUUCUACGGGUUGGCGGCAGAAUCGAACAAGCUCCAUCGAUUUCAUACGAAGCGAAGCACCCAGUCGUGUUGCCGAGAAGUCAUCGGAUCACAUACCUCGUUGUGCUCAGCUUCCACCAGCAGUUCCUGCACGAGAACACCGAGACAGUGUGCAACGAAUUGAGGCAACGGUUCUACAUUCCGAGGAUGCGAACAGUAGUGCGGAGCGUAUGUCGUAGCUGUCAGUACUGCAAGAUUAAGAAAGCAGCACCAGUUCCACCGAUCAUGGGACCGCUUCCGAAGGUUCGUUUGACUCCCUUCAUUCGUCCGUUUACGUACGUCGGCGUUGACUACCUGGGUCAUUUCGAAGUGAAAGUCGGUCGCAGUAUUGUGAAGCGGUGGAUCUGUUUGUUCACGUGCCUCACAGUUCGAGCAGUUCAUCUGGAGCUAGCACACAGUCUGUCAACGAAGUCUUGCGUAAUGGCGUUCAGGCGUUUCGUUAAUCGGCGAGGAGCUCCGCUGCAAGUAUUCUCGGACAACGGUACCAACUUUGUGGGAGCCAGUCGUCAGUUGUCAGAGGAGAUCCAGAGGAUUAGAACCAUCAACGAGGAUUGUGCGGCUACGUUUACUAACGCCCGUACGCAGUGGCACUUCAACGUUCCUGCAGCUCCGCACAUGGGAGGACCGUGGGAGCGGAUGGUGAAGUCUGUAAAAGUAGCAAUGGCAGCAAUAUCCGACAGUCCGCAUCAUCCGAGUGACGAGGUGUUCGAAACCAUAAUGCUGGAAGUAGAGGGGAUCGUUAACAGUCGUCCACUGACCUACGUUCCCUUAGAAGCAGACGAUCAAGAAGCGCUCACUCCGAAUCACUUCUUGCUGUACGGUUCGAGCGGCAUAAAGCAGCCUACAGUCGAUCAGUCAGUCAGUCUUCGAGACAGCUGGUCAGUCGCUAGGAACAUCGUUGACGAAUUCUGGCGCAGAUGGGUGUUGGAGUAUUUGCCGAUGUUAACAAGGAGGACGAAGUGGUUCGAGAACGUGAAACCUUUGGAGCCUGGUGAUCUAGUCGUGAUAGUAGAUGAACAGACACGAAACAGUUGGGAAAGAGGAAGGAUUCUUGAGGUCUUUCCGGACAAAUCAGGCCAAGUUCGACGUGCAGUAGUACAGACAGCUCGAGGAGUCUUCGCCAGGCCGGCAGUGAAGCUGGCAGUCCUGGAUGUGGCGAGCAACGAUAAGAAGGCGGAUGGAGUCGCACCGGAAACGGAAGUGGUUCACGGGGCGGGGAAUGUUACCGGCAACACUGUUGACCGCGAAACGAUGGUGAAACCACCGUCCGUUCCCUCGUAACUGAGCGGCUGUCGCCGAGUGGACUGACAGAUCAGACAGCAGCUGAUAGAACAAAGACAGACAGAUUCAUUUAGAUUUCGCUAGUACACAAUUAGGCAGCGUUUUUGGCAAGCAAGUGAAUUCAGUGGAUUAUUUCGAUAGUUAAAAUCAGUAAAAUUACAGUAGUUUCGGACAAAGUCAGCACCGCACAGUAAGGAAAAAAUCCAGUUAGUCAAGGUACGUUUUGUACAGAAGUCAGAAUCAUUCUCAUGUCCGUAGUUCAUAACCUGAAAUGAAACAAUAAUGUAAUUUCUGUAGAUUGUACUGUCCACGUUAUUCCCGGUUACCGACACACCAGAAAAGUGACCGAAAAAUACCGAAAUUGUAAGUAUUUACUGUUAACUGAUAACUGACAACCCACCAAACUCGACUGAAUUUGAUUAAAUAAAAUUACAGCUUUGUAGCUGCUAAGUUUGCAACUGAAAGAACGGUGUUUGUUCUGACGAUCG